CUCACCCCCCUGUCAGCCCUGCCACCGACCCCAGCCCCGAUACCUUCCCUUCCGGCCGCUCGCCGAACGCCAUCGGAAGCCCCAGCGGGGCCACAUCGAAGAUCGGGUUCUGCACUCUUCAGAAAUCGAAACCCUCCUCGUCGCCUCUUCCUCUUCCUCUUCCUCUUCCGCUUCCGCUUCCUCCAACGAUGGAUCAGUAAUCGGGUGGUUCUUUACAAGAAUUUUCCUUGACAGGUUUCGAGAGGAGCGGGGGGUGGGAGGAAGGGGCGGAGAUGGGGGAUCCGGAGCUCGUCCUCUUCAACUCCAUGUCGAAGCAGAAGGAGCCCUUCAAGCCGAUAGUUGACGGGAAGGCCUCCAUGUACGUUUGCGGCGUCACCCCCUACGAUCUCAGCCACAUCGGCCACGCCCGCGCCUACGUCGCCUUUGACGUGCUCCACAGAUACUUGAAGCAUUUGGGAUAUGAAAUUAAGUACGUGCGCAACUUCACUGAUAUCGACGACAAGAUCAUCAAACGAGCAAAUGAAGCUGGGGAGGAUCCAUUAAGUUUAAGUAGCCGAUUUAGCAAAGAAUUCUUGGAUGAUAUGGCUGUCCUUCAAUGCUUGCCUCCAACUCAUGAACCACGUGUGACAGAUCACACAAACCAGAUAAAGGAUAUGAUAGCAAAGAUAAUUGAUAAUGGCCAUGCCUACACUCUUGAGGGAGAUGUUUACUUUUCUGUUGAUAGUUUUCCCGAUUAUUGCCGUUUGUCUGGACGGAAGUUAGAUGACAAUCUUGCAGGUGGAGGUGGACGAGCCUCUGUUGAUCUGAGAAAGCGGAAUCCCGCAGACUUUGCAUUAUGGAAGUCUGCUAAGCCUGGUGAGCCAAGUUGGGAAAGUCCAUGGGGCCCAGGGCGACCAGGGUGGCAUAUUGAAUGCAGUGCCAUGAGUUCUCAUUAUUUAGGCCAUGCUUUCGAUAUUCAUGGUGGGGGAAAGGAUUUGAUCUUCCCUCACCAUGAAAACGAGCUCGCGCAGAGUCGAGCUGCUUGUCCAGAAAGCAACGUGAACUAUUGGAUGCAUAAUGGCUUCGUCAACCGGGAUAAUCAGAAAAUGUCCAAGUCAGACAAUAACUUCUUCACAAUCCGAGAUAUAAUUGAGAAAUAUCAUCCUUUAGCAUUAAGGUUCUUCUUAAUGCGCACACACUACCGGGCAGAUGUGAAUUACUCUGAUAGACAGCUUGACACCGCAUCGGAUCGUGUCUUCUACAUAUAUCAGACUAUACAGGACUGUGAAAAGGCUCUAUCCCCAUUUCGUGAAGGAAAUAUCAAAGGUCAGAUUCCAGAUGAUAUCAGAGAACUGGUCAAUAAGUUCCCCGCCAAUUUCACAGCUUCUAUGUCUGAUGAUUUGCACACUACUGCUGUUCUGGAUGACCUAAUGGAACCUCUGAAGGCAAUCAACAGCAAUUUGAAGAAAUUUAAGGGUAAGAAGCAGCAGCAAUCGCUUAUUCAAGCCCUGAUUGCUUUGGAAAAAGAAGUUAAGGAUGUACUUGGGAUCCUUGGUCUGAUGCCGUCGUCAUCUUGUGCAGAGGUGUUGCAACAACUAAAAGAGAAGGCACUAAAGAGAGCGGGGAUGUCGGAGGAAGAACUCUCGCAGAAGAUUGAGGAGAGGACAUUGGCGAGGAAGAACAAACAGUACAGCGAAUCCGAUAGGAUCAGGAAAGAGCUCAGCGCCGUGGGGAUCGCCCUAAUGGAUGAACCAGGUGGUACAGUAUGGAGACCGUGCGAACCCGAGCGUCCAGAAGAUUAACCAAUUUCUGAACCGAUAAAUUAUCGUAACUUACCUUAUUUACCAUUUUUCACAGCGGUCGGUUGGCAUGUAUAAGUUAAAGAGGUCUUAUAGUUAUAGGUUGCAAUUUUUGACCAGUGGAAUCUCACUUACUCGGACAGGGGACUUUCCCUUUCGAUUAUUUAAUGUGCGCUGAUUUAAUAGGAUUGUACAAGAUAAACAAAGAACCCCUCGAAUGGUUGUUUCCCUGCACUACUUUACAAAUAUUUUAUUUAUCUGACUCACAUUGUAUCCAAAUAUGGCAAGCUUGCGACUUUUUUGGUGGAUUUUUUUGUCGACGAAUCUAAUGAAUUCGACGCACAUAA